CACCAGAGGCGGCGCGCGGCGCUCGCUGAGGCUCAGUCUCCUCCCGAGCCCAGCCCUGGCCGGCGAGAGCGGAGGCGAGCGCGAGCCGGAGCCGGAGACCGGGCCUCGGACCAGGGAGGCGGAGGGCCAGAGAAGGCAGCGGACCAGAGCGGAGGGUCGCGCUCGGCCCCCCCCCCCCCGCCGCGUUCGCGUUCUCCUGGCGGUUCCCGCAUAAAUGUCGAAAAUAUUUCCUGCGAAGCGUAAGAUUCUCUGAUUGUGAACGUGCCCCACACGCACUGUUGACUAUAAAGUGAAGAAAAGUAUGAGAGAGCCAUCUGGUUAAGUCUCCACUUUGAAGACCACCACAUCCCCAGAAGACCCAGGAUGGAUCUGCACCAAAGCACUGCCAUCACUUUCCUUGAGAAAUGGUGUUUGGAUAAGUCACUGUCUGGCUACAGGAGACAUUAUAGUGUCAGGAAAAAACUGAAGUUAAUUCGAAUCGUAGGCCUUUUCCUGGGCCUAGUAGCCAUUAGCACUGUCUCGUUUUCAAUCAGUGCCUUUUCUGAGACCGAGACCAAGAAUACGGAAGAGGCCGUUGGCGCAAGUGGCCCUAAGGUAGCACACGGUUACCGUCAAAGAACUCUCUUAGAUUUGAAUGACAAGAUUCUGGAUUAUACUCCACAGCCACCUCUUUCUCAGGAAGGCAAAUCCGAGAAUACAACAGAUCACGCCCAAGGAGACUACCCAAGAGACAUCUUUUCCCUGGAGGAGCGAAGGAAAGGCGCCAUCAUUCUCCAUGUCAUUGGAAUGAUCUACAUGUUCAUAGCUUUAGCCAUCGUCUGUGAUGAGUUCUUUGUUCCUUCUUUAACUGUCAUCACUGAGAAAUUGGGCAUCUCUGAUGAUGUGGCUGGAGCCACCUUUAUGGCUGCUGGGGGCUCGGCCCCAGAACUUUUUACAUCUCUCAUAGGGGUAUUUAUUGCUCACAGCAAUGUUGGCAUAGGCACAAUCGUGGGCUCAGCAGUGUUCAAUAUCCUUUUUGUUAUUGGCAUGUGUGCUCUGUUUUCUAGAGAAAUCUUAAACCUGACAUGGUGGCCGCUCUUUCGGGAUGUGUCCUUCUACAUCGUUGACUUGAUCAUGCUGAUCAUAUUUUUCCUGGAUAAUGUGAUCAUGUGGUGGGAAAGCUUGCUUCUCUUAACAGCUUAUUUUGGCUAUGUGGUUUUCAUGAAAUUCAACGUCCAAGUAGAAAGAUGGGUGAAGCAAAUGCUAAAUCGCAAUAAAGUCGUCAAAGUGACAGCACCAGAGGCCCAAGCAAAGUCGUCCACAGCCAGGGACAAGGAUGAGCCGGCUCUACCGGCUAAGCCACGUCUCCAGCGAGGUGGAAGUUCUGCCUCCCUCCAUAACAGCCUCAUGAGGAACAGCAUCUUCCAGCUCAUGAUUCACACCCUUGACCCACUCGCUGAAGAACUUGGAUCAUAUGGAAAACUAAAAUAUUAUGACACAAUGACUGAAGAAGGGAGGUUCAGAGAAAAGGCUUCUAUUCUCCACAAGAUCGCCAAGAAGAAAUGCCAGGUGGAUGAGAACGAGAGGCAGAACGGGGCUGCCAAUCACGUGGAAAAAAUCGAGCUCCCAAACAGCACCAGCACAGAGGUUGAAAUGACACCAACCAGUGAUGCUUCAGAACCUGUGCAAAAUGGAAAUCUCUCCCACACCAUGGAAGCCGCAGAAGCCCAGACCACAGAGACGGGUGAAGAGGAGGACCAGCCUCUCAGCCUGGCCUGGCCUACCAACCCCCGCAAGCAAGUCACAUUCCUAAUUGUUUUACCCAUAGUGUUUCCUCUCUGGAUCACCUUGCCUGACGUCCGCAAACCUUCAUCAAGGAAGUUCUUUCCCAUCACAUUCUUCGGCUCCAUCACCUGGAUUGCUGUAUUCUCUUACUUGAUGGUGUGGUGGGCACACCAGGUUGGAGAGACAAUUGGCAUUAGUGAAGAGAUUAUGGGCCUGACCAUCUUGGCUGCUGGAACCUCCAUCCCUGAUCUUAUCACCAGUGUCAUAGUGGCCCGGAAGGGGCUUGGGGACAUGGCUGUGUCCAGCUCUGUUGGAAGCAACAUUUUUGACAUCACUGUAGGGCUUCCACUGCCCUGGCUCCUAUAUACCAUCAUUCACAGGUUCCAACCAGUGGCUGUCAGCAGCAAUGGCCUCUUCUGUGCCAUUGUCCUCCUCUUCAUCAUGCUGCUCUUCGUCAUCCUCUCCAUUGCCCUCUGCAAAUGGCGGAUGAACAAAGUGCUGGGCUUCAUCAUGUUCGGCCUCUACUUUGUGUUCCUGGUGGUCAGCGUCCUCCUAGAAGACAGAAUUCUUGUGUGCCCUGUUUCCAUCUAGUAGGAAAAGCCAUAUCCUGAACCAACAGCGUGGAUGGCCCCUCCCUGCCCUGGGUUCUAGGCUCCUUGACCUCUCCAGAAGAGGCAGCUGGCACACAGCCGUGGGCCUUUCAGAGCGUCCCUCCCUAGCGGAUUUGAGGAUGGAUGGAUUUACGCUGGGCCCACUCAUUUCACGAGCUGCUGCCAACCUUGCCUACUGAAACAGCUCCACGCAAGAACCGUCCAUUUUGGGGCUUCUCUCCGAUUCACCACUGACAGGUACUCCUCGCUGGUCGGAGGUACAUUCAUUGUAAUGAUGCAAACAAUGACAGAGGCUCUCUCUAUAUACACAUACAAAAUAUACAAAUUAUAAAUAGAUGCACAUGAACAUACCCCCGCCUGCUCCUGUAUUAUACCUCUCCUUUCAUACCUAUAGAGUCAUACAUACCUGUAUACAAACACAAAGAAAUAAAAAUUUUAUAUAUAUAUAUAUAUAAAUUUUAUAUAUAUAUAUAUAUAUAUAAAAUCAUCACAUAUAUAUAUAUAUAUAAAUACAAAUGCAUCUUUUCAGGGAUAGCUCUAGUAUAUUUAUAACACCUAUUUGAAGAGGGACAUCAACCUUCAGUCUGAGCUUUACCUCUUAAGUACAAGAGGUAAACUAAUAGAAUCAUUGCUGUGACCUUCAGCCUACCUUGGACUUAUUGGGAUCCUGCCGGGCAACGUGGAUGUUUUAGAGGAAUAUGUUGCAGGAAGGAGGGCUUGGUGGAGAGGGUCUGUAGGGACCCUGAGCUGAGACUUCCAAAACAUUCCCACCAGCCAAACAGUGAAGACUAUUUGCCCACCCCUGCUGGACACGCUGACCAAAACCCAUGGGGCCACUUGGGACAGACAGAGGUAAAACCCAGACUGGGUGGAUAUUGCUUUGGAGGCAGGGGAGAGGUUACCAGGGUUGGGGUUUUUUGGAUUUGUUUAUAUAUAUUGCCCCAGCAUGCAAGUAGAAAAUGUAACUGCAAACCAAAUUAGUGCUCUCCUAGGACAACGAGACUAUAUAAACUGAACCUAUAUUGUUCUAAUGCAUGUCCCAUUAUCAUCAAAAGGGAGGGGGCAGAUUUAACUGUGAUUGUCAUUUAGGUGUAUUUUGAUGCUAAGGGCUCAUACAUCAUCAAAAUGCCCGCCAAGAGAGCCUGGGACAGGUGAUAAGAAAUAUCAUCCAGUAGAGGGGCUCAAUGGAACUUGCCACCUAAUGGGAAUAUAAGGGCAUGGUUCUUUAAAGCAUCUUCCAGUGCGGUUCACAAAGGGCUUCAGUGUCUAAAGAAAUUAUUAUUCCUGCAAUAGAAAUAAACAAUCUAAUCUAUAGUGCUUGGGUUGAGGCAGCUUAGAGAUGUUUGGAAAGGCAUCUGUGCACCCCGUGCGCUGAGGAAGGUUUCUGAGGCCUAUGUUUAGCGGUGCCAGGAUGAGGGGGUGGGCAGAGCCCAGGCAAAACCUGCGUUUCUCCCUCCAUCGAGACCCUACGUGGGACUCUUGCUGGCUUAGAGAGUCCACCGAAGACGUCUUCACGCUGGCCUCAAGCCAGUCACCCCAAGGUUUUGAUCUCCUGAUUUUGCCAGCAUUCACGCGACAUUUUCAUUUCGUUCACUCCAUGCCCCCAAAUUCUGUUUGAUACCUUGUAUGAUUUCUCAGCUCUGUGUCAAUAGAAAAUAAAACCGUCAGGGGGAAGAAAAGGCAAACUGAAAUCGAUGAGAAAAUAUAGAUUUUCAUGUCUCCAAGUCAUGCUUUCCUUAUAAUCAGUUGAAAAAGGAAGUAGAGGAUGGCCCAUUAUUCUGUACCCACCUUCCAUCUCAGCUGGGACACACUACACACGACAUGUGUUCUUGUCUCCGGUUUACCGUGUCCCUGAUACCUGCUAUGAUCCUGUCGUGAGCACAUACCUCCUAACACAGGGAGACAGGAUGCAGAACUCACAACCAAAUAGAGAGGAAGGGAGACCUGACAGCCCCAGAUCAGGCUCAGUAUUCCUUCCACAGAACCCCAGCUCACUCCACAGAGCGUGGCAGUAACAGGCAGUGUCCCUCAUUGCUCUUCGCCCCCAAGCGAAAAGCACUUCUGAGUGGAGGCUCACGUGGGAAGAACAAGAAAUCAAGAUGGCUGCCACACAGGAGGCGAGACUUCGAGUCUCUCCAACUUUGCCAAGUCAGGUGUUCAGUUGUGUCAGAAAAACCUGCGUCUCCUUCAUCAAGGGCAGGAUGUUGUAUUGAGGCAAGAAUUUGUGCUAUUUCCUUAGGGUGAAAGAGAAUGGGUGAGUGAACUUCUUGUUCAAAACUGUGGUUGGUUUCCCUGUGCAUUAGUUGAAGGGGAGCAAACUGGGUCCUUGCGUGAGUUACGUUUUAUUGGCUGGUCUGUUAUUCAAAAGAAGGUUUGAGUAGGGGACUGUAACUCAACUGCACAUAAACUAUGUGAAACCAAAAAGGACAAGGGAGACCCACCACGGCCCUGUUCUUGGCCGGCACUUACUAAUGUCCCCUGCCCCCUCACUCCCUCCCAUUCAUUCCCAGCUCACAGUGAAGACCCAUCCAGGCAGCCACAGAGCAUUUUACUUGUAUGGGGCUCCAUUCCAGAGGAGGUGUUGUAGUCAUUGAUGAGAAGUUGCACUUGAAAAGACCAUGCUUCCCAGCCCAUUCCCACCCCUGUGGCAUGCACUGAGCACAAUGUACAACAAGCAGUGUUCCCUGGCUGGCUGGUGUGCAGGCACCCUUCCCCUGCCACUGCCUGACCCAAGCAUGUGUCUGUGGGGUGAUGUGUUGGGCCAGGGCAAAUCCAGAGAGCAGUGUAUAGAAUGCAGCAGUGAGUCUUUAAAAACAAUCAAACCACUAACGUAAUUAUGAGAAAGAACUUUCCUGAGCAGGUCACCUCCAACACUUCCCCUGCAUGUCUGUGCAUAUACUUCUAUAAAUACGUCUUUACGCCACAUCUAUACGUACACAGUCACGUCGUCAUUUACAUCAUCAGCCUCUGACCCAGUCACCUUCAGGAUUCAAAAGCAGGGCACAUCAAGUUUGUCAUAGUGAAGGAAAAGGAAAGUCACACACACCAACACCCAAAGGGAACAUUUCUUCCUGAUCUUGUAAGACUUGUUCUGUGCACGUGUACAUGCGAACCUACACAUACGCUCCCUUCCCAUAUAUUUUCCCACCUCAAGAGUAUACAGUUAUAUACAGCCUAUGGAAAUGGCCAGCCAUACAUACCCCUCAUGCUGAUGUAGAGGCAAAGAAUACACAACAGAAAAACUUAGACCCUAGAUUUUCUUUACUUUCUUGUAGCAAGGUAUAUAAAGUAAUAUCAAAAAUUCCAAAGCCAACUUCUUACUUCUCAAUCCAAAAUAUGCAAGCUGGGGGACCUGGGGGGCUCAGUCAAGUUAAGCAUCUGACUCUUGAUUUCCGCUCAGGACAUGAUCUCAUGGUUUUGGGGAUCAAGCCCCGUGUUGUGCUCAGCACUGACAGCCCAGAGCCUGCUUGGGAUUCUCUCUCCCUCUCUCUCUAACCCUCCCUCGCUCACACACAUGCACUCGCACGCACGCUGCCUCAAAAAUAAACAUUUAAAAACAAAUAAACAAACUGUACGAAAAUGGUUCCAUUUAGCCACAGCAAACCAAGCAGGUAUUGUUUGCUGUCACCUCCCCUGUCGCUGUUGGCAGCACCUACACAGGAGAGCAACCUGGCUCAAACUGAGAAUGCCCAGAUAGAACCUUCUAAAGUGCAUCUGGAAAUGCCCGUGCUAAAUCCAGCUGCCCUCUGAUCGUGACUAACUCCUGAAGAAUUGAAGCUGGAGAUUAGAUGGUGUUUAUGCAGUGCUCCAGGACCUAAGCUAAGCCCAGCGGUGACAGAUCGGGAAGACACAGUCCAUGUGCACAGUCUAAGGGGUAGGGCUGUUUAUCAAUUUAGCAGAUGCAGCAGCCUAUGCUAGAGCCUUGCCCAGAAGAUUAUAAAAAGAGGCAGGGACUGAUUCAUAUUCAGGGAAAAUGCUUUGUAAGGCUUCUAACAGGUGUCACCUGACAGGGGCCAUUAUAAUUUAUUUUCUAGGAAAGACAUGAAUCAGGUGGUUUGGAGGCCUUUCAGCAAAACACAGCUGCCUCACUGAUGAGACAUUUGAUAAUAUUAAUGUACAUCCAUUCCUGGGCAGGGAGAGGGUUGGCAAACUCUCCACCAAAGCUCACAGCUCUUUCACUCCUCUGUAGCAGGGAGAUGGGAGAUGAGCUGUAAGGGAAGCCCCCCUCCCACACCACCUUAACCGAGAGCUGGCCAAGGAAAUGACAACAGAUAGAGAGCUGCUGGCCAGAGAGGCAGUUGGAGAGAUGGGACUUGCGUUAAAUGCUCAGCUGAAAUUCCUGGGUUGGAACACACAACGAGUCUGAUGACCCAUCUGAAUGCAAGCAUUUCAGGAAACUUUGGGAUGCUUUCUUCCCUACACCUACCAACACACACACAUGUGCGCACACAUGCACGCACAAGAUUAUGAGGAUGCACCUGGGCAGGUUGCUACUCCAGUAAUUCAGUGGCCAUAUUAUAAGUGGCAGCUCUAUUCCAGAAGAAAUAAAGGGUAACUGUCCUCAGGGUGAUUUCUGGGGGAAAUCAGCUAUCUCCCGAAGGCUUGAUACAGAAGCUAAUGCUCCUUCUCGCUAAGCCAGAUCUAACGUAACCACCUGGCUUAGUAUUUUUAAAAGACACGUCCUCAAUUCCUGAACCUCCCUCAGCGAUAUUGUCUUUAAUUAGUAAGAAAGAGCCUGCCAUUAAAAGAGAAUCAGUGCGAAAAUGAAGCAUAAGGAAAAGGAAGAGAGGAAAAAUUAAUUUACUACGAUUCCCAAGAGAAGAGUGUCACAUUGAUAUAUGUCCCCAUGUAAUUUAAAAUAAUUACAGGGGUGCCUGGGUGGCUCAGUCGGUUAAGCAUCCAACUUUGGCUCAGGUCAUGAUCCCACAUUUGUGAGUUCGAAUCCCAUAUCGGACUCUGUGCUAAUGGCACACAGCCUGCCUGGGAUUCUCUGUCUCCCUCUGUCUCUGCCUCUACCCCACUUGCUCUCUCUCUCAAAAUAAGUAAAAUAAACUUUAAAUAAAAAUAAAAUCAUAAAUUUCAGGCUUUUUCCAGCCAAUUACAAGAAUCUGCAUAGAGUCCCAGAUAAAAAAUAUUUUCUCAAGAAGGUGUUGGUAAUGUGCCCCUGCUCCACUGUCUAUUUAAGCUUAGCUCCUUGCCUCUAUCUCUUUGGGUCUCUUUUUUAAUUUCACAGCUCCAUAUUCUUUGAACUAUGUAGCAAACAAGAAAAGCAAUAAAACACCCUCACCACCAGCUAAACUCUAUUACUUAUCAUUACAACACCAAAGUGUUUGUUGCAACAGGGAGUUUUGAAACUGCAUAGGCUGUGAUCACAAGCAGAAUUUAGGCAUCUGUACAAAUCAAAGGUGCACUCAUAUCUGGUAUGGAAGUAAGACAUCUUUCCACCCAGACACCGCCCUCCAAACACUGUCUGUGCUGCCAUUUUACAUGCCUUCCUCACCCAGAGGGCAUCAGCCUUGCUCAGAAUCACCUGAACUCCACAGUGGUCUUUCAUCUGACGAGUGAAAGUUUUCUCUAGAAAAAAAAAGAAAGAAAAGAAAGACCUAGAAACAACAAGUGAACCCUCAAGUCAGCCAGGCUUUUAGAGACAAAAAUGAGCCUACAAUUAGAGACAACGAUGUUCAAAUUAGUGUACAAAGGAGACUGUGCGGAACCACCAAAUUAAGCCAAAGAACUUUCACGAAAUGAUUGGUUGACAGACUGGAAAACCUUAAAGAAUUUUUUUAAAACACAUAAAUACCUAAGUCUGAAAGAGUUCCGUGGAAUACACAUUGAGUUUGCCAAAGAUUUAAUUCUGUUAAGAGAGUUUGUCCAACCUAUCACCCUAGCUAAAAGGACAGUUCUUUCAUAGGAGAGGGGUCCUAGCAUCAAAGUUUCUGGUGGAAACAGGUUUCAUCAACUGUUAACAUUAACAACCAGCAGGUUAAGUCAUCAACUGGUUAGGCUAGGGUUAACCUAUGUCUUUUCUCUGGGGCAGAAAGGAACUGCAUCUGGGCAUUCUUCACUGUGUACCCCUGACAUAGUUGGGAGUCUCCACUAUGUGACCCUUUAUCUGUUUUCAUCGAAAGUAUUUUUAGAGUUUUAUGUCAGAGUCCUAAUUUCCUAAACCUCUUACACUUCUUCCCUAUGAAGCCUUUGUAAAUGCUUUAUUUUGCUCCUAAAUUAUAGAACCUAUGACUAAUCAUGACACAAGUAGGUCUGAACAGGGCUGAAUUACAGUCUCAAACCUAAUGCUUCACUCCCUUUUUGUGGACCCUCUGUUACUCUUACUUUGAGAAAGUCAUAUUUCAUUGCUAAUUCACAUUGAUCUCGUGUUCUCUAUCACUUCUGUAUCUUUUCUCCAAGACAUUUAGAUGAAGCCAGUGCAUUUCUCAGCCUGCCCCAAUGCAUUUGAAUAGCCAUCAUUCCUACUGCGACCCGCUCUCCACUUGGCCUGGUUGAGUCUAUGUCUGUUCCUAACACAACUUCCGGUUUUCAAGUCCAGGUUCGACGCAGCACUCCCUCCCCUUACCACCAAGCUCCCCAGUUUGCUUGCACUUGGCGCAACUCUAAGGACCGUUUUCUCCAUCUCCUCAUAAAUGUGAAUAUCCAAAAAUGCUGGACCCCUGCCCCCAAACAGUUUGUGUUGUGUAAUUGAUGACUUCUUGGUGGGUGGGGGGAAUCCCUCCUGAUUGCUACUAAAAUGUGAACAGAAUUCACAGCCAUAAGAGAGCAGAGUCACAGAAAUACCUUAAGAGCACCAGUAGGCCUUGAUACCACAGGCACUAGCAGGCAUUUGUCCAGUGUCCAGAAAAGCGUGAACACUGGGUGCGGCAUUAUCAUGAGGCCUGGUGAGGUCACUCGUGAGCCUCACCUUUAAAGUCAUAAUUCCACACUCACAAAGAACUCAGGGUGGGGGGAGACACCACUGGAGAUCAUUCAGAAUCUCUACCUGCAUCGAUUUACCAAAAGGAAUUCACUUUUUCACUCAAAUAGGAAACAGGAGAAAUGGUUGGACCUCCUCUGAUCACCCCGUACUGCAGUGCAUUUCCUUCCUUGUGUGUGAGGUUGGAUCAGAAUUGUGUGGCUGUUGGUUGGGUCCCGGCCCAGGAAAAGGGCUACAGUUCACCAAAAGAUGGGCAGUUGCCUCUGCAUUCUCACUUACAGGGUUGGGUUGCAUUUUCCUUUAUAAUGGAUCCGUAAGUAUCUAAGGCCUUGGGACUGACAGUUCUCUAAAACACUCAACACACUAACCGAAAGGGAAUACUAAUUUUUAAAAUCAUGUCACAUGCACAUACACAGGAAUGAGUUAAGCCUGAAUCCCUGAAUUGAAUAAUUUUAAGGAUAAAAUGACAUGCAUGAAUUAAGGAUAGAUAAUUCCUUGCCAUUUAAUUAAACGAAUCUCCAACUCUUCUCAUCAGGAUAAAACUGAAGGACGAUGGAUGCCUUUUGGGUUUUUAAUUUUUUAAUAUUGCACUUUAUAGUACUUCAUAAGAGACAACUGUCUUAAUUAAAGCCAUAAAAUACCAAUAAUACAUAUAUUCAGGGCUUCUGAAUAUGGUCAAUCAAUAAGCAGUCAUGAGUCAUUCCUGUUUUGUAUCGUUUGUUGUAAAUUGGAGUUUAUCUGUUCUAUUUUUUAUUGCAUACAAUUAUUGCUCUAGACAAUCCUAAUCUGAUAAAUUUUAGGUGUGCACUUUAACGAAACUUUGCAAACAAAAGAGAUUAUUCAUUUCACAACAGCAUUCUUCAUCUUGGAAGUAGCUUGUUACAGUUUCUUUAAAUAGCAAGUGCUGAGACUAUAUUGAAAGUGUUUCUCUUUUUAAAUUAUAGAUUUAUUAUUUUUCAGGAAUCCAUUUGUUAUGUAAAGCAAGGUUCACCCACAUGAAGAGUGAAAUGGAUAAUUAGCAAAUAUAUACCUGGGAAAUUUAAAGUUUGUUUGAGUUUUUGUAUAAAUAUAGGAUGGACCUAAGAAGUUCCCUUAUAAAAAUGGCUAAUAUAGAUACACAACUUGUCAAUAAUUUAUUAUGCCUAAGUUAUCAACCUUCCUUGGGAGGACAUAUAAAAUAACAGACUUCAUCAUGCAUUCCCAUUCCUCUAAAAUACACAAGUUUUGAGCCGUAUGGUAGACCAUUUACUUAUGUACCCAAAAGUCCCCACAACUAAAAACUAAUAUCUCACUUCAUCACAACUUUCCAUGUAAUUUGAGUGAAAGCUAAAAGAAUGACUUAAAAAGCACUCAGUGGCCAAGAAAUACUCACCCUGAGUAACCUAAGUUGUCAAUAUAGAGUAAAUGUGUCUAUUGAAUUGAACUACCCCAUCAAGUUAAUGCUUAAAUGACCAUCUGCCCUAAGAUCAAGUACCUAGCCCUGGAGCCAAUGAUCUUCUUGUCAGGAACUGUUUUGUGGUCGCAGGAGUUUCUUCAAAGGGCAGAUACUCCAACCAGAAGAGAGAGGCUCUGUUGACAGAUAGCCUUGUUGAACCCUGCACACAAAGUCCAUAUUUGUACCCUGCGUCUAGCCCAGGUUUCUCGGGUUUGAAAAAACUCCAGAAGCAAGAGCCUCUGUCUCCUAGCAAUCUGCAGUCUCAAAGAACCAGAAGAAAUUAAGAGUAGCAAAAGCUACCUUUCUGGAUUGGUGAAGUUGCUGCCUGCACUGAAGGAAAGAUCAAUUAUACUUUUGUUCUUUGCACAGUGGUAAAACAGAGGAAACGUGGUCGAUGCUGACCCCAACAUCUUCCCUAGAACACAUAAACUGUUUUUUGGACAGGUUACAUUAAAAGUACCGGAAUGCCAUUUUUGUAAAGGAUCUUUUUAGGGAUAGAUGUCAUCUCCUGCUUCCUUUGUUUGCCUCCGUUUUAAAGAAGCGUUUUAUCCCCUGUCUUUACCCCAACAAGAAACCCACUGUUGUACUUCCAAAUUAUUUUCGGCACUUUCUGUGUGUUUUGUUUAUUAAGCGCAAUUUUCGCUGGAUGACGAGAUAUAUGGAGAUUUUGCGUCAGUGUAUUCUCUGUGGAUAUGUCUGUACAUAGACGGAAAGCUAUAUUUAUUUGUACAUAGGCUGUUUGGAGCAAUGUGUUUCUGUCACAUGAACUUCACUUGAUAAAGGGUGUUUCUUCUCUGUGUUCAUGUUACACUUCCCACAUCUUCGUGCUUCUACUACUGGUAAUCAACUCCUAGGGUAUCACUUUAUGUAAGUAAGUCUCCUCGGUGUGGAAAAAUAAUAGUAAUAAAAUUAUUGACUCAAGCAAAA